UACACUACAAGGAAACUUUCCAGAAACACCCCCCAGGACGCGAAAUUUCAGCCAUGCCGAAGUACCCAGGGCUCGGCCUUCCAUUACGCCACAACGAGCAACAAGAUUAUGGCUUCUAUCCAAUCGGAGCCCAUGGCAGCUGCUACGGUUCAGACUCUGAUAUCCUCCCUGUGCGCGAGCUUGCUAUGAUGAGCAUUAUGGAGCGCCUCACGGAUAAGGAGGACUGGCACAAAAAGGUCUUCGAUGAAGAGAUUGUGUCGAAGUAUCGCGAGGUAGCCCUCUCGAUUCCGGACGAGGCGUUUUGGAAACUAGCUUUUCAAGAGAAGUCGCAAUAUUGGGAAGAGAAUGGAAAUCUCCAUGUGCAGGAUGAUUGGAGUAUCGGUCACGUGACGCGGUUAGAAGGUAUCAUGACUGAAAACACUUUUGAUUGUUGCAUUAAAGAAGUCCAGUGCAAGGCGAAAUACUAUGAGAAAUCCGGCAUAAUCCCAACCCUCGACGCAUGCGGGGCUGUAGCAAAGUCAGACAAGCUCGUUACUCCCGAACUCCACGAGGCUCUGCGUGAUGCUUUCGCCAAACUCCAGGCCGACCAUGCAGCGUCCCCCGAUUGGCAUCCCAGAUCCAAUGAAAUGGUGCAGGAUCUUGUACACCCCUCAAUGUAUCCUUUAGUCUACGGCCGUAGUAAAGUUCUCAAAAAAGAGCUCGUCGGAGUCAGCAAUGCGAUCGAGAAAUGGGCCGGCAAGGGCGAAGCCAUUCCGAAAGAUGACUGGAAAAGGGAGGAACAGGACCGUUUCCGCUACGGAGUGGGGUCUGGCAACGUGCCUCCUGAAUACUGGUCCGAUACGUAUCAGUGGCUGCCAUCUAACGUGACCUUCCAAGAGGAUGGCACUGUGAAGCUUACCAGCUAUAUCAACAAUCUGCACCCGACAAGAUACGCUGACAUAUAUCGGACGGUUGAGAAGCUGAUUGAGAGCGCGCUCCCUGCGUGGGAUCAGUGCCUUGCUCUUGCGGCGGGUUACAAUGAGAUAGAUGGCCCCGGGCGUUGCAAGUCCCGGUUCGAGCAGCCAGAUCAGCCGGACGACGAAAACGCCGAGAAUUGGAUCCCAUCGAAUCCCCAAGAAGUAGCCGAUGUUGUGGUCAAAUGGAAUGAGAUCGAAAGCCGGCACGAAUAUGACCCCGAGUACGAUGACGAGACGGAGUGCAAGUGGAAGUUGUUGCGCAAGCCUCUUAUACCAGAACCUAGUUUCAAGGAAGUCGAUUACACCCCCGAACCCGAGCAACGUCUUGUCAAUAAUUUCGGAAAAAGUGGAUUGCAGGUUAUUGUUAAAAUAGCAUCGAUUGAGUUGACGUCUGAGAAGCCGGAGUUUCCGACGGGCGGUUGGCAUAUCGAAGGCCAAAUGAACGAACAUAUCUGCGCCACAGCACUUUACUACCUCGACAGUUCGAACGUCACAUCCAGCCACCUCUCCUUCCGCAUGCAAACCUCAGCCUACCUGAACGACGAGAUCAACGUAGGGCAGGACGCUUAUCACUGGCUAGAGCAGGUUUACGGAACGGGUCUCGGCGGCAACAGCUCGCCUUGUUUGCAAAACUACGGCAGCGUUGAGACUCCCCAAGGGAGACUGCUUGCUUUCCCUAACGUCUUCCAACACAGAGUCUCCUCCUUCAAGCUCAUCGACCCCACUAAACCCGGCCACCGCCGCUUCAUAGCCCUCUGGCUCGUAGACCCCACUAGACGCAUAAUCUCGACCGCAAACGUGCCGCCGCAGCAGGACUGGUGGGUUGAUUCUACAUUUGGGGAUACAUCCGAGUCGCGGAGUGCAGCUUUGGCUAAGCUACCAGCCGAACUACUCACUCUGUUGAAAGAGAAGGGACUGCAGGAUAUCGCUAGCACGGACGGGGGGCAGUUACCAGCGGAGUUAAUGGAGAUGGUGCGCGAGUAUUUCAAUGCUGAUCAGGAUGCUUUCUUGAUGGGAGUGGAGGAAGCGAGGGAACAUAGGGAGAAGCUUAUGCAGGUGAGAGGAGCAUUUUUACAGGUUGCGGAGAAGGGGUGGCAGCAACAUUCGUAUAGUUUUUGCGAGCAUUAGAAGCUUCUGUGAGCAUUAGUGGUAGUGGAUGUAACUGGGGCGAGUUACAGAUAGGGUAGCAGCAAGUGGAUGUUAACGAGA